AUGUCUGAACAGUCUGACAUUCUAGAUAAAUUCGAUUUAAAUAAAUUUGUGAAAACAAUUUCACUUUCCUCUGACUUAUGUCUUAGCUUUGCAAAAAAAGAUUCUGUGAACACCCAUGAUAUAGCGCUUACGAUUGACAUCUCGAAUGAGCAUUUACGAAGUUGGUACGAUUUAACACAAAAUGGAUCAUUGAGCAAGUAUUCGUUUGUAGAAAUCCUAAAUGCGUUUAUAUCAAAGCAUGGAGUUCAACUGCACGAAAGCGAAAGGAUUAAUAACAUACUUAGAAAAAGAUGUGGGGAUGCAAAAAAUAAAUGUCGAUCGCUUAAUGGACGUUUAAGGACUGAGUAUCUUGCUAAAGUUAAGCAUAUUACUGUUUUCAAACAUGAAGUAAUUAAUGCAGCUGAGACUCAACAGCUACUAACAGAAAACAACGAAUAUGUCAAAUCAUUAUCAGAAGAAAAUCGAAAACUAAAAGAAAGAUGUGAAGAGCUGUGGGCAGCAAUUGAAGAUUUAAAAUUUAGCAAGACAGCAACUGAACAAAAACUGGACAGUAAACAGGAAGACUAUGAGUUAGUUUUCGAGCAAAAUAAGGAACUGUCGGGUUAUCUUGAUAAAGCUAGAUUUUCUGUUGAGUUUAAAAAUUCAGGGAAAGAAAUCUUAGAGGUUGGGAGAAGGCAACAAAAUCGGAAACUGUUGGAGCUUAAAACAUCAGUAGAGAAAAGCUUGUGGUUUGCAGAAACAUUCGGACUAUCAUUAAAAUCAGUGUCAUUCACUGACAAAUCUGGGUCAGACCAUUCCUUGACAUACUGCAACGUGCCACAAAGAAAGAGCUAUAAGGACCUCUCGGAAGAAGAAAAGACCACGGUUAAAGAAAUCUUAUUAAUUGUUGACAGGUUCUGCAUAGGGGAAGGUGCUUACCACGAAUUAACUAUGAUACCCGCUGGCAUGGCAUUACCACGUUCCUACCUAAUCAAACAAUGCAAAGAAUCAUUGAAUUCGAUUACCCACAUAGAACACACACCAGGAGAGGCUGAAGGGGCCCAACUUAACUUCUACGAUGCCCUUAGUAGUGAGAUCAAGAAACAUGUAAGAAAAUGUCUAAAAAUUAUUAUAAUUAUUAUAAUAUACUGAAUAUAAUAUCUCUAUAGUAUGUUUUGUAAUUGUUAGACUUUCUCUGUUAUUUUACUAUUCGUAAAAUUCUGGUAACAAACUAUAGGUCUAUAUAUUAAAAAUGAGUAAAAAUAUCAGCUUUUACUACCUUCAUCAUUAAAAACAGUAGCAAAUAUAGUCAUUGUCUAUCUAUUUUUCAGAUGCAAAAGUGUACUCUUGAUGGCCUGGAUAUCCCAGUGAAAUACAACAUUAAAUUUAGCGGGGAUGGGGCUAAAAUGACCCGAUUAACCGGGUUUAUUAUAAUUUCAUUUUCAAUUUUGAAUGAUGGGGGAACUGCAAUGGCAUCUAAAGGUAUGUUAUUUCUUUCCUAUAUAAUACAUGUGAUACUAUGCAUGUAUACUAUGUAUGUAUGUAUGUAUGUAUGGUAUGUAUGCAUGUAUGGUAUGUAUGUGUGUAUGUGUGUAUGUAUGUAAGUGCGUACAUAUACAGACCGCAUGUCUUGUUUUUUUUUCUGGCCUUCUAGGGAAUCAUACAGUUGCUGUGAUAAAAGGACAGGAAUCUUAUGAGAUUCUUAAAUCUUCUUGUGCAAGGAUCUUUAGUGAUGUUAACAAGAUAGUUGAGGAGGGAUUCAUUAAAGUCAAUGAAAAUCAAGUACCUGUGGAUAUUUUCCUUGGCUCAGAUUACAAGGUGCAUACGGCAUUUCCUCUAUUUAGGCCCCAGCCUCUUUUUAGCCCGCAUUCUGAUAAGCCCCAACCCAAAAGCUAGCACGUAAAUUAGCCCCCACCCUCUACUUAGCUCCUACCCUCUAUGUAGAAUUAGCUAUUUUACAAAUAAAAAUUGAUAUAGUGGAAUAUGUUAUGUAAUUUACCAUGUUCAAGGAACCAACUUUGGAUGAAAAUUUAUUAAGCCCCUACCCUCUAUUUGCCCCCCCCCCCCUUCCAAUAAGCCCCCACUCAAAAGGUGGCAAAAGAAAUGAACACCCAGGGGGCUGAAUAGAGGAAAUACGGUAGUUAUUAUUUUUAUGGACAAACUUCACUCACAUUUCUGUUACAUAUUAAAUUUAUUAAAAUAGUCAAGCAUCUUGAUGAGUGACCCCUCUUUAUUGUUCUGUUCUGGGUAAUCUAAAUGCUUUACCCAGCUGGCCUAUUUUCUUGUACCAUGCUAUGCUCUGCCAGGUGAUAUUUUUCUUACACCGGAUAUUAAAUUAGAGCUGAAACCUCACAUCUUAAUGGGCAAUGUUUAAUUUUAAAUUGGAACCAUUUAAGGUGUUAUAAAGCUGGAAAAAAUAAACUUGUAAGCAUGGGAUGCCAGUAGAAUGUUUGUUUUGUAUACUAAUCUUCAAUGAUUUGUUUAAAUAAAUAGUUUCUUCUGUUGUUGUUGGGAAUGAAGGGAGCAUGCUCCGACCAUGCUUGUAUCUGGUGCAAAAUCCACAGAUUAUUAAGGUAUAAAUAUAUGCAAAAUUGGUGAUGCAUAUAUAGUGUAUGGUUUAGGCCCCGUUUACACUAUACCGGAUUACUAUCGUAGCGGGUACAAUUUAACAGCUAGUGAAGUUCUGAUGAAAUUUUAAACGACAGUGACACGAAGAGACGUACAAAAACUACCAAAUGAGUAAACCUUUGUUGGUAAACAUUGCUCGUAAACAGCAAACUAAGAUGUCGUGACAAGCGAAUCCGGUAUAGUGUAAACGGAGCCUUAAUCUACAGUGUACACGACUAUAUAAAAUAAACAAUCUAACCUUUUCCUCCUUUGACUUUCAAGAUACGAUAUGACAAAGUCACAAGAUUUUUAUUUGAUUGGUGAUAUUAAAAGAACACUGGAGGAUAUUAAAGCAUGCUGCCUGAAGAAACAGUUUUCCUGUGAACGCCCUCCACUUCUUAAUAUUCCCGUGGAGAAUAUCGUCCUCGAUGAACUCCAUUUGAUGUUGCGAGUUACAGGUAAUUUACUGUACGAGACAUAUUUGUCGCCCAAGCCGGAAAGAAUGUGGCAGUGCAAGCUAAUAAUUAGCUUAAUGUAUAAUUAAUUUUGAAUAAUGUGUAAUUAUUAUUUAAUCUUCUUCAGAUAAGCUCAUUGAUAAUUUAGUGAAGGAAGCACUACAAAGAGAUUUCAAGCAAAAUUUGAACAAGGCUCCUCGUGAUCGUCGGUCGUAUCAUCUUGACAAUCUUAUUCAAGCCAUUUCAAGUUGUGGUGUGUCAUUUUCCGUAUGGGAAAAGAGAAACGCUGAUGGAAAGGGUAGCGGCACAUUCGACUGCACUAGUUUAAUGGGUAAUGACAAAAAGAUUUUGCUUGAAAAGCUUCCUCAAAAGUUGGAAGGUGUUAUCAGUCCAGCUACAAGUGCUACUGUGAUCAAGAUAUGGGAGGUACAAUGGCAUAUUGCAUUUAAUAUCCGUACACCCCCUGUUGAGGACCUUGGAAAUCCAGGGGUUGACCUCCAUUUUUUGUGCUGGAAAUCCAGGGGGUGGGGUCAAAAUUCACUUAUUUUCGCUGGAAAUUCCAGGGGGUGGGGGCCAAAUCUCGUGUUUUUUCGCUGGAAAUUCCAGUGGGUGGGGUCAAAACUCUUAUUUUCUCUGGAAAUUCCAGGGGGUGAGAGUCAAAACUUGCUUAUUUUUGCUAGAAAUUCCAGGGGGAGGUGGUGGGGUCAAAAUUCACUUAUUUUCGCUGGAAAUUCCAGGGGGUGGGGGCCAAAUCUCGUGUUUUUUCGCUGGAAAUUCCAGUGGGUGGGGUCAAAAUUCUUAUUUUCUCUGGAAAUUCCAGGGGGUGAGAGUCAAACCUUGCUUAUUUUGAUGAAAAAAUGGCACAUUUCCAAGGGUAAUUGAUUUAAAAUGCUUGGAAUUCCAGGGGGUAAGACAAAACAUAGCAAGGAAAUCCAGGGGAAUGUAAAACAUAGCAGAUUCCCAAGGGUAAUUUAUUAAAAACUUGUGGAAUUCCAGGGCCUAAGAGAAGAAAUGACAUGGAAUUCCAGGGGGGCAGAUAUUCGAACAGUGUGUCCUCAACAGGGGGUGUACGGAUUUUAAAUGCAAUAUGCCAAUAUGAUUUUGUAAUUUUAUAAACUCUUAAAAGAUAUCAUUCUUGCUAUGUCACUGAUAGCAAAUAAUUCCUUUUUGAUAGAAUUUCAAUGACAUAUAUCAGAACUUCAUACUGAAGGAAGACAUAUCAGAAUCAGAAGUAAAUUUAUAUUUUACAAAGGUACAAAAUUAUAGAAAAAAGGCAUGCAGUUUUAGCAAAAUAACAAGAAAAUAUUUCAGGCUUGGGUCAUCACUCAUGGGGUUGCUUUUAUAAGGGGGUGGGCCAGUUUGCAAAUUUUUUGGGAGGUGGGGGGGGGGUGCAAAAUAUUUUUAGUGUGGUGCAAGCAAUUUAGGAGGGCUGCAAAAAUUUUUGGGGGAUGUCCAACCCCCUGCACCACUCCAGAAAAUCUGCCUAUGGUAACCAGCAAUGUGCACCUGCCCUACACAUCCAAUUUUUUCAGUAUAAAUAUUUCACUCCAAUCAAUGCCAGUGACUCUAGUUGUAUUUCUUUUUUUUGCCAUUAACAAUUAGGCUACAGCCUGGGUAACAUUAUUUUUAUCACUUGGUGGACAGCUGGAGGGGUAUGGAAAACAAUGCAUCACACCCUAUAUUCACGCAAUGGUCUAUCAUGUGCCUCAGUUUAUGAAGUUGCACAAGGGAAUACGAAACUUUUCAGGGCAAGGUGCUGUAAAUGAAUUUGUUUUAUAUACAGUGUAGAUACAGUACAUGUAUUAUAGACAUUACCAGACAUUACUCAAACACUUGCCACAAAUGUAAAAUUUUUACUACAUGAUGUAGAUUGAUUGAUUGGUGUUUAUACAAACUUUAGGUGUUGAAAAACUGAAUGACAAUUGCAGGAGAAUUCAUUUAGAAAAAUCCAACAAAUGGGAUGCUGCGAAGGACGUUUUGCUUGCUGAAGAAAGGCUAAAAAAUUUAAGCCACCUGCAGAGAACACCAAGGCCAUAUAAAAAAAAGGCAGAUGAAUACUGGUCUACGGGAAUUAAGGAAAGUCGGAGCAAGCGGCCAAGAUUACGUGACCAAGUACAGCCUAGCGAAGCAGAGGUGGACGGAGAAGAUAUGUCCACACUUACUGCUAACGAACUUCGAAAGCGCCUAAAAGAUAUGGGCAUCAAAACUGCAGCACGAAAUAUCGACCGACUUCUAGAUAUGUACCGUAUAGCUAUGCAGUGA